AUGAACACCAGCAUCAACGCCGAUCGCGCCGCCCGCUUUGAGGAGCAGCGCAAGAAGAAGAUGAUGGCCCAGUCUCUCGAGUACGGGGACAACGUCCCCGCCCAGCCCGGCUCCGCCACCAGCAUGGGUGGUGAGGCGCGAACCGAUACUGCCGGCUCUCCCAGCCAGGAGUCCAGCUCCGAUCCUGCCCCGACUCGCCACGCGCCGGCCACCGAAUCCGAGAGAGUGUUUGAGAAGAGCAAGUACGAAAGUAGUACACCGUUUAAGAGUCCCAAGGGGGAUCGCUUCUCGUAG